UGAGCGUUGUCCCUCCUGCCUCACUUACUCUCCCUCAGUCUCUCCUUUUCAUAGACGCUGCGGGUAACAAAGAGGAGACAACAGCAGGAGGAGAAUGGGUGUUCACACAACAAGCCUGUCAGAACAAAUCCUAACAACAAAUUGAAACGCUUCGUUUCAUUUAAAAUUUUAAACAGUGAAAGAAUGAUUACAACGCACUAACGUAGCUGCGCCCAGGACCUAUUUUACCCGUGAGCAUUUUUUUUCCUGCACUGGAGAUACGAAGUAAUACAACACUAGUGCCAAAUGACAGAGGGAACACAACCAGACAUGUCCGAAUAAGAUUGAUCGUGAUCAUAACGGUCAAAGACUGACCUUUGAGCUCACAGCCUGACCUCUGAUUGGUCAAGGCUAAAAGAGAUAAACCACUGUAGGACAACACCAGCUCCAACCACAAUGUCUGUCCAGGAUGCUUCAGAGGGGCCUUCCUUGCCUUCAUGCCUCAAACCUGAAGCCAGGGCAAGACCACGGAUUCUUCCGAAACCUACAGCAACACAGAGCAGUUCUCCUCCACCGGGAGAGAGCAGCAACACUACGGAUUUUACCACUGGUAAAGUCAAAAGGAUUGUUAACAAGUUCAGCAAACAUGAGGAACCUCCCACUAACGGGACCACAAAAAUUAAACCAAUUAGGCGAUCAGGGAGACCGCCGACAAUCAAGCCCAAACCACAGUCCACAGGUGCGAAGGCUCCAGUAAGUUCAGCACAUGCUCCUCCACUGCCCAUGAAGAGGAGUCGCCUGCUGCAGAAGCAGAAAGAGCUCUCAGGAGAAGAGGAGGGAGCCGGGGUCAGUGUGGAAAUCAGCCGAUCAGAGCCUGAUGGGAAAGAGGUGGAGGUGGAGCUGGUUGGAGGAGAUGAAGCUCCCGAGGUGGAGCACAAUCCAGACGACCUUCUGAGUCGCUGUGACCCCAGCUGUGGGUGUGUGUGCCACAUACAGCAUCCUGGCAUGAAGCUGAUAUGGGUGCCUGUAGAUUUUGAAGAUGGUGGGCAGAGUGAGAUAGGAGAGGAAGAAGAGGAGGUGGAAGAAGAGGAGGAGAUUGAUGUGGAGGAGGAUGAAGAGGAAGAAUCAGAAUUGUAUGAGCUGGUACAUUCAGAAGGGGAGGAGGAGGCCCAGGAGGAGGUUCGAGGGUUUUCUGAGGUGGAUGGGAGCGCGGAGCUCAAACAAGAUAAAACAAAGUUUAACCAGUGUUUGGACGUUUUGAUCGCUGAGGGUUACAGGAGAAGGUCGGACCCCGGUCCUCACAUCGUCCUCACCUCCCUGGGUGUCAACCGCUCCCAGUCUCCUCCUGUCCCUCCCAAACAAGGGAAGACACCUCCUGUUUUUCAAACUCUUGUACAACAAGCAGGAGAGAAAGAGGAAGAAGACGAUGAAGAGGACAAUAUUUAUGAGACCACCCUUCCACUGGUCAAUGAUCCUAGUAGAAACCCUGCAGCUCUGUGUAAGGAGCUGGAUAUUCCUCUCAUCAAGGUGCGCAAACCGGCCCGUCGUUCCAAACUGACCUACAGCACUUCAGACCCUACGUCUGAGUUUCAGACCAACGAUGACCCUUCCUCCAACUCAGAGGAUGUGCCGCCCGCCAUUCCCCCUAGAAUGCCUUUGAUUCCAGAGAGCCGCAGCCACAUGCAGCUGCCACGGGGCGCUGUCCCUCUCCCUCAGCCUACACUGGAGGAGUGGCGGACCCUGCGACCCGCAUCACCCGGCAGUACCUCUAGCAACAACCUGAGCCCACAGCGGGCCAUCACACCACCCAGCCCUUUGGUGCCUCAGAGAGCCCCACCCCCACCACCAAAGGCGGAUCAGCGGCGGCUCAGCAAUGUCUCGCUGCAGGCACCGGUGCCGAGAAAAGAAAGUGAAGAAAAUGGAGGAAAUGAAGACGACGUGGUGGAAGAACUAACCAGCUCCGUCAGGAGGGAGUCUUUGUUCAGCUUUGAGUCUCGUCUGCAGGAUGAGCCUCUCUACCAAACCUACCGUGCUACUGUCAUUAACAAGGAGAUACGACGACAAACUGUUUCCCGAAACAUUAGUAAAACCAGCAUAGACUAUGCCAUGGACAUAAAUACUCGUCGAUCUGGAGCCAGCACUGGGACUGGGACUGGGACAGGGACAGGGCCUCCCAAAGGUAGUCCUGCAUCCACACCAACUCAGAGCACGCUGUGGCAGGACCUACCAGCGGUACGAGACAGUGGACUGUUGGAGCAGCUCACAUCAGAGCAGUGCAAGUACCAGGAGAGCAUGUUUGAGGUCCUCACUUCAGAAGCUUCCUACCUCCGGUCCCUGAGAGUUCUGACUGAACAUUUCCUGGACAGCAGGGACCUGGAGGAUACCAUGAUCAUCAUGGACAAGAAAACACUCUUCUCCAACAUCCUGAGGGUGCGGGAAGUCAGUGAGAGAUUCUUGAAAGACUUAGAAGGUCGCAUAUUCCAGGAAGUCAUUUUCUGUGACAUUUGUGACAUCAUCCAUUACCACGCCCAGCACAAGUUCCCUGUUUACAUUGACUACGUUCGCAACCAGAUCUACCAAGAAAAAAUCUUCACUAAACUCAUAAAGAACAACGUGCAGUUUGCUGCGGUCAUCACCAGACUGCAGGAGUCUCCUCAGUGCCAGCGGCUGCCCUUCAUGUCCUUCUUGCUGCUGCCUUUCCAGAGAAUAACCCGCAUCAAAAUGCUGACUGAGAACAUCCUGAAGAGGACAAAGGAAGGGACGAAAGAAGAGCAGACAGCUUCUAAGGCUUUAGCUUCUAUGUCGAAGAUUAUUGAUGAGUGUAACACUCAAGUAGGGAAGAUGAGACAGAUGGAGGAGCUCAUCCUUAUCUCUCAGACACUGGAGUUUGACAAACUCAGGGCCAUCCCCAUCAUCUCCCAGAAUCGAUACCUGGAGAAGAAGGGAGAUCUGCAAGAAAUGUCCAAAGGAGGAACUCUCUUCAACAUGAGGGUGAAGUUCAAUCCCGUCUACCUCUUCCUCUUCAACGAUCUCCUCAUCAUUGCUUCCAAAAAAGGAGCAGAGCGUUUUGUGGUUCUCGACCACGCCCAUCGCUCACUGGUGCAGGUGCAGCCUCUAGAAGAAGGUGGGAGCAGUGGCCCCUAUGAACACUGUUUCAACCUCACAUUGCUGGAAAACCACCAGGGGCGUAUGAUGGAGCGGCUGAUCAAAGCUUCAUCCCAGUCGGACAUGCACAGGUGGAUGGCUGCCUUCCCCAACCCCACCAACCUAGCUGCAGAUGAGGACGAAGUUAUUUAUGACGACUGGGACUGUCCUCAGGUGCAGUGUGUAGAGCAGUACAUCGCCCAGCAGGCAGAUGAGCUCACACUGGAGCCCACUGAGAUCAUCAACAUCCUCCGGAAGACCAACGAGGGCUGGUACGAAGGCAGCCGUCUGUCCGAUGGUCAGAAGGGCUGGUUUCCUGUGGGAAACGUCAUCGAGAUCACUAAUGAGCAUGUGAGGAGGCGAAACCUCCGGGAGCGCUACAGGGUCAUCCAGGCCGCGGCCUUCGUUUCCAACAGCAAGAACCGGACCAUUAAUUAGCCUCUGCAGACCCACAAUGUUUACAG